CUAUCAAAAUGCUGUCAUGCCAUGGUGGCCCUCAUAUACCCAUUUGCCUGGCAACACACAUACAUCCCUGUGCUUCCACCCUCCAUGAUUGACAUUGUGUGUUCACCCACCCCAUUUCUGAUUGGUCUGCUAUCCAGCUCUCUGCCUCGUCUGAAGGAACUGCCCGUGGAAGAGGUUUUGCUUGUUGACCUUGUGAAUGACAGGUUCCUGAGACAGAUGGACGAUGAAGACUCAAUCCUCCCGCGGAAGUUGCAGGCAGCUCUAGAACAAAUCCUGGAGCAGAAAAAUGAACUGGCGAGUGAAAAAGAUCAGGGGCCACAUCAAGAGGCCAGCUCAUUGAAUGAUGUUGUUUCUGAAGCCUUUGUGAGGUUUUUCGUGGAGAUUGUUGGUCACUACUCGCUGUUUUUAGUGCCAGGAGAGAAAGAAGAGAGGGCACUUCUUAGAGAAGCCUUUAGAAAAUCUGUCUCUUCCAAGAGUCUCCGCCGGUUUCUGGAGGUCUUCAUGGAAACGCAAAUGUUUGGUGGCUUCAUUCAGGAAAGAGAGAUGCGAAAGCAAGGCACAAAAGGUCUGUUUGAGGUUCGGGCACAGGAAUAUUUGGAGACUCUUCCAUGUGGGGAGCAGAGUGGUGUGAAUAAGUUCCUUAAAGGACUAGGAAACAAAAUGCGAUUUCGCCAUAAGAAGUAACACCAAUGAGUGGUGCCUAUGGACAUAUCUUAAGUUAUUAACAAGCUGUUUCCUGGUAAAAGAUAACACACUCAGAACAUCUAGUAAGGUUCUUCCAUUGCUGCUUGUGGGUUAGAAAAAGUUUACCUACAACACAAGAGGGAAGCAGGACAUUUUGGACAGAUGGGUGGAUUCUCAAUUACAGUCUGCCCUUCGGCCAAUGAAGACAGUGACCCUCUCUGCUGUAUCAUGCACUGGACACUUAUUGGAUAAGCUCCUCCUUUAUGCCAGACUGAAAUUAAUUCUGUUUUAGGUUAUUGUAAAUCUUUUUCUAUUUAUGUUCAGGUUGAAACAAAAGGAAGAACUAUUAGAGUACAAUGACAGUCACUUUCUGUAUUACCUCUGCUCUUUGUAACAUAGACAUCAGGGUACUUAGCUGCUGCAAGAGAACGUUUUGUGAGAAGUAACUGCUACAAUGUUAUGACUGAUGUGGGCGUUGCUAUACGGUUACCCAGACGUUCUAUGCGGAGUACAGUACUCCAUUAACAAAACUCAAAAAGCUAGUCGCACUUAAUGUGACCGAAAAAUCUAAUCACGCUUGGAUUUACUGGACAUUAUACUUGACUGGUUGUGGCCAGCAAGUAAACACACUCUGUUUCUUUAAAAACUGCAACUUUAAUGCUCUCGGUGGAUUAAUUAAACCGUAAUAAUCUAUUCAUAAGAUUAUUUGAAUAUCUCCAUAAAAUAUUUUAUUAAACAAAUCUUUAUUUUGAGAUUACUGUACAUUUUUAAGGCAAAUACUGUGACGUGAACUAUCACAGCCUGAUUAUCGUGAAGGAACUGGAUAACGUACUGGCCUUAUAUAUGCAGACAAUAUGAUGGGUAUGUCUGCAUAGGAAGACACGCCCAGACAAAUGGUUUGAUUUGUAGAGUAUAUAUGACUGUGAGAUAGAAUGGAAGAAGCACAGUUGCGAACAGUUAGCAAUGGACACCGGCAUCUUCCAUAAUAUGAAAGCAUUGAAAGCGAAUCCUAGCAAGUUAGAAGAAUGGCUGGAUAUGGUGUCAAACAGUUCUGGUAAGCUCCAGGUCAGUCACAUGUGGUCUGUUUAUGGAUUUGGUAACCAAAGAAAGCAAGAUUCUAGCCUGGAGCUUGUAGCUAGUACCUAUAACAAGAAUGGCUGUCUUACGAUUUUAAUGUGUAUUUGGAAAGGCCAGAAGCAACAAACAUUACAAAAGGGACCUUCUGCACGAUAGUGAUGGACAAACUGGGUAAUAACACUAGAAAAACCAACAUAAUCCUGUAAUCCAGUUAAAUAGAAUUUAACAGUGCCCCUAUGGGAAUUGCUGUGUACAAGCAUUAAAUUGUACUUUAUAUAUAUGUAUAUGUAUACUGUAAGAUUCACAAUAAAAUUGAGCCUGUGGUUUAUUUAAAA